UUGGAUGACCGGCUACUAGACCACCUCAGGCCAGCAGCAAGAUCAUGGCUGGCUGCAACAGACAGAGGACAACAGGGGACCCGGGAUCAUCUAGUGUUCAGGGGACAACAGGAGACAAAGAAUAAUCCCUGGGCUAAGAAGCAACCAAGAUAUCAAGACAAGGAUGUGGAAUUUCAGGGACCUCUCAGAGUCAGCGGAAGCGGAGCGAGCACCUUGGCUCAGGGCUUUGGAGAAAUGGAAUUCGUUAAGGAGCAGGGAAAGGGGAGCGCAAGUCGUUGGCCCUGUCCUGUCCAGGGAGCACACACACACGCGGGCAGGAGGCAGCUCCUUCGCGUCCACAGAGCCGCCUUUCUUCUCCAGGAAAAGUGACUCUUUCACAGCCCUUGGAGGGAAGGAAAUGGAAAGUCCCGCAGCAGCAUCAGGAGCCCCUCUCCCCUCAAGAGGGCUUUCUGCUUCUCAAGCCAGCAAGCAGAGAGAGAUGGAUUCUGGCAACAGCCUGCUUUCUGCCCUGCGCUUAGCUCACAGCGUGGUGCCUGAGGAUCUCAGCUCACAGCACGGUGCCUCCCACAUUCAGAAUGGCUUUCCCCUCCUCAGCUCCUCCUUUCUGGAACCACCCUCAGACAGACUCAGAGGGAGAACGUCUACAUCACAAGACGCAGUAAGGAUGGGAAACAGUACGCGUCCAGAGACACAGCCGGAAGUGGAACACCCAGAAAACACCGAACUCCCUCUGACACUACUUGAAAAACACAGCCCUUGGCCCGCCUACGUCACACACACCUCCCUGGCAGUCAGGCGGCUCAUUGACAAGAGCAGAGUCCGAGAGCUGGAGUGCAUGCGUGCUGCUGAGGAAAACCGCAAGUCCGUGAAACAGAGCAAAACCAGCUUCAUGAUGCUGAAAAGGAAGAAGUCGUCCAAGUUCUCGGAACUCGUGCUGAAGGAUGCCCUGUCAGGAUCCAGGCUCUCCACGUGGGACCAUUUCUCAGCAACAAACCUGAGUCCCAUAUUCUUCCCAGAACCUGAGCAACUGCAAAUGGAAGCCAGAGAGGGUCCCACGUUCAACUACAACAAGAUCAUUUUCUCCAAGAGGCCUGCGACGAGGAAGCUCCCAUAUGGCUUGCUACAGGACAGCAAGGAGACAAAUGCCAAAGGUUAACCAAGAGCCAGCCCUGCAGCGGUCCCCUGAGGAUGUACAACAGCCACCCUCCAUUUGCUACGAAUUACACCACGUCUUUGAAAUGUG